AUGAUGUCAAAUCAAGGUACUUACGCUAAAGCCGCAAUAGCAUCAGCCGGCGUUAUCGGUGGCGCAUACGCAGCUUAUCAGCUGUAUAAAGAAUUACAAAAACCAAGUUUACCCGAGGAAUGGACACAAGUUGGAACCCUUAAGAACAUUUAUGCCUACCCAAUAAAAUCGUGCGGUCCAAUUGUUUUAAAUACUGCAGAAUGUAGUCUGCUAGGUCUGAAGAAUGGUUGGUUAAGAGAUAGGGUGUUGAUGGUCGUGGAUGACAAGAACAACUUCAUAACAGGAAGGGCCUAUCCGGAACUUCUGUUAGUUGAACCGUCGAUCACGAAUUCUAUUCUAACUUUAAAGCAUCGUGAUAUGGAACCGGUCUCUGUGAAUUUAGCUGAGGUGAUAGCCUUACAACCCCAGAAGACAGCUACAGUUUGGUCGGUCUCUGUGCCAGUUCAUGACUGUGGCUGGGAAGCUGCCGAAUGGUUUUCAAGGCUAUUAGAUAAAUCAACUACCAACUACAGGCUCGUGUAUUACGCGUCUCAAAAUAGCCGCAAUUUAAGAAGCACUACAAAUAAAAUUUACAAGUUUACGAAAAACGAUACGGGCGCCCUCCCAGAUGAAGUUCCCUUCAAUUUAAUAAACGAGGCGUCUGUGGAAGAACUGAAUGGAAGAUUAAAGGACUGCCAAGUGACGCAUCGUAAUUUUAGAGCCAACUUCGUGUUAGACGGCGCUAAAGCUUUUCAAGAAGAUCAGUGGAAGUUCGUCAAGAUAGGAGAUAAUAUAUUUGAAAUCAUAAAACCUUGUACGAGAUGUGUUAUGACUACUAUUGACCCAGAAACCGGAGUACGCCAUACAAAAGCCGAGCCAUUGGAAACAUUAAAAAGCUACCGUCAAAUAGAAGAUCCCGAAGUGCGCAAGACUGCCGGUAACUCACCGCGUAUGGGAAUACAGAUGGCGCUACGCUCUGGUGGUGGCGGACUUGUGUCCCUGAACGACCCCAUUUAUGUUGCUUAA